UGGUUUGAUUGGAAAUCGAAAUGCCUCAACUUGAUAAAUUGACUUAUUUCUCACAAUUCUUCUGGUUAUGCCUUCUCCUCUUUACUUUUUAUAUUCUCUUUUAUAAUAAUAAUAAUGGAAUACUUGGAAUUAGCAGAAUUCUCAAACUACGGAACCAACUGCUUUCGCACCGGGGGAACAAGAUCCGGAGCAAGGACCCUAAUAAUUUGGAAGAUAUCUCGAGAAAAGGUUUUAGCACCGGUCUCUCAUAUAUGUACUCCAGUUUAUCCGAAGUAUCCCAAUGGACCGUCGACUAUUUGGGAAAAAGGAGGAAAAUCACUCUGAUCUCAGAUUUCGGAGAAAUAAGUGGCUCACGAGGAAUGGAGAGACAGAUUCUCUAUUUGAUCUCGAAGUCCUCAUAUAACACUUCUUCCAGUCGGAUCACUUGUUGGAAAAACAUAAUGCUCACACAUGUUCCACACGGGCAAGGAAGCAUAAUCUAAUGAACUUAGAUUCUUUUCUUUCUAUAGGACUGAGGAUCCUUGCCUAGAUCCAGAAAAAGUUGGAUGCGCCGGAAGCUGAAGCGGAAAUGCAAUUCUCGGGUGAGGAAAGGGUUGUCU